AUGUCAUUCCAUUUAUUCUCAGAAGAUUUCCAAGGCCAUCUUGAACUAGAGACACACACUACCGCAAGUCCAGUGGACAAAGUCCGCCUAGGUGCUGCUAUUCUUGUAGGAGCAGUUGAGUUCUACUCAUCACGUCGUUACCCUUCUCAAAUCAACUCCAGAGGAGGUUUUACACUCAAACCGGGGGGUUACCUCACAGAAGACCAGAUCUGCGAGAUAACACAACACAACACCCCCCCACAAGAUAAAGUAACUGAACUGGCUCGGAUACAAACAAUGAGGGCGGGUGCUUCCAGGGUUGCUUGGUUGAUUCUUGAUCCAGAGGUUUUCAAUAACCUUACAGCUUCCGACAGGAGAUUGCAUUAUAAUAUGAUCAGAAAUCGGACAAUCACUGUGCAGAACGCUUUGAGCCAGAAGGACAUGACAAUUACAGGCAACUGGACAUGA